AUGGAUCGCCAGGAAGAGGCAGGAAGAAGCCGCGAAGGCCUCUUACGCUCAUAUAACAAGGCAGAAAAUAUUCCCCUCCGCAAAUCCCUCGAAGAUGCCUACAAAUCCGACACAGAUUCCGACAUAGAUGCCACAGAAUUCCUCGACCGAGACCCCCUCAACGAACGCUCCCAAUCUCCCGUCACCGCGUACGAACCCGCAAGGCGCCUCCGAAACAUUCGCAAUGCGUUUGCACGCCGCUCGAAAUGCCUCAUUAUUACUCUCGUAGUCCUUAUCAUCUUCUGGUCAAUACUGGCAGGUGGGGGCUUUUUCUUUUACAAGAAGAGCCCUUACGAUGGGCAAUCCCCGCCGUGGUAUCCUACACCACUCGGGGGAACGGUUACGCAUUGGAGUGAGAGUUAUAGAAAGGCGGCAGUGCUGGUUAAGCAGAUGACGCUGCCGGAGAAGGUUAAUAUCACUACUGGGACAGGAUGGCAGAUGGGAUUGGCGGUUGGGAAUACGGGUCCUGCAAACAAAGUUGGCUUUCCUGCGUUGGCUUUACAAGACGGACCUCUUGGAUUGAGGUUUGCGGACAAUGCUACGGCUUUCCCUGCUGGGGUUACUGUCGGGGCGACUUUCAACAAGGAGUUGAUGUACCAGCGGGGCAAAGCACAUGGCAUGGAGGCACGAUUGAAGGGAAUCAAUGUCUUGCUUGGACCGUGUGUUGGGCCUUUGGGAAGAAUGCCUGCUGGUGGUAGGAACUGGGAAGGCUUCGGUGCUGAUCCUGUGCUUCAGGCAAUCGCCGCUUCACAAACCAUAAAGGGUAUUCAGGACGAGGGUGUUAUGGCUACGAUCAAGCAUUUCAUCGGAAACGAACAAGAACACUUCAGACAGAGCUGGGAAUGGGGUCUGCCAAAUGCCAUGUCUUCGAAUAUGGACGAUAGGACUCUUCAUGAAAUGUAUGGGUGGCCGUUCCAAGAUUCGAUCAAAGCCGGAGUUGCCAGUGUUAUGUGCAGCUAUCAAAUGACGAACAAUUCCUAUACAUGCGGAAACUCGAAAUUGCUAAACGGUAUCUUGAAAGAUGAAUGGGGGUUUCAGGGGUUUGUGCAGUCCGAUUGGCUGGCUCAACGAUCAGGUGUAGCAAGUGCAUUGGCUGGUCUGGAUAUGUCUAUGCCUGGGGAUGGCCUCUUGUGGGCGAAGGGUAAUUCUCUUUGGGGAGCAGAGUUAACCAAAGCUGUUUUGAAUGGCUCUAUUCCAGUAAACAGGCUGAAUGAUAUGGUUACUAGAAUCGUCGCUUCCUGGUAUCAGUUGGGGCAAGACGACAAAUCCAAGUUCGAUGGCGAAGGACCCAAUUUCUCCUCGUGGACAGAUGAUGAAAUGGGACUUAUCAACCCUGGGAGUCCUGAUGAUAAGGAUAUGAAACUUGUCAACAAAUAUGUUGACGUUCAGGGCAAAGGCGAUGAUGCCCAUUCGAUUGUCGCCCGUCAGGUCGCUGUUGAAGGAACCGUCCUGGUUAAAAAUGAUGAUAAUACGCUUCCGUUGAACAAAGAUGGCUGGCCGUCUGGUGAAACGCACGAUGCUAAAUUUCGAGUUGGAAUCUUUGGAGAAGAUUCAGGAGAAGGUGAAGGCCGAAACGCUUGUGCCGAUCGAGGCUGCAAUACUGGCACCUUAGGUUCCGGAUGGGGGUCUGGAGCAGUGGAAUUCCCGUACCUCGUCACCCCAGCAGAUGCUCUUGUGAAGGCCUUUAAUACGGAACUGGUUUAUGUUACGGACUAUCCAACGAACCAGCCACCUUUUGAGAUUGCCCCUGAGAUCUUGAAAGACCAGGAUGUCUGCAUCGUCUUCGUCAAUUCCGAUGCGGGUGAAGGGUAUAUUGCAUCUGAGGGGAUAAGAGGUGAUAGGAAUGACUUAUUGCUCCAGAAAGGAGGAGAAAAGCUCAUAGAGGAUGUUGCAGCAGGCUGUGGUGAUGGGAAAGGCAGCACCAUUGUGGUUGUGCAUUCCGUCGGCCCUGUUGUGAUCGACAAAUGGGUCAAUAUUCCUGCUGUCAAGGCUAUCAUUAUGGCUAAUCUACCAGGCCAAGAGAGUGGCAAUGCUAUUGCGGAUAUCCUUCUUGGGAAUGUCAAUCCGAGCGGCAAGCUCCCGUACACCAUUGGCAAAUCUCUCGAGGACUAUGGUGAAGGCGCCAAGAUUUUAUAUUAUCCAAACGGCGUAGUCCCACAACAGAACUUCUCUGAGGGGUUAUACAUUGACUAUCGACAUUUCGAUAAGUUUGACAUCGAGCCUACGUACGAGUUCGGGUUUGGACUUUCGUACACCACCUUCGAGUUCUCCAAUCUCGUCAUUACCAGCAUUCUUCCCAAAUCCCAACUUCCGUCUCGCCGCCCUGCUAGUAUUACACCACCCAGUUUUGAUGACAAGAUCCCUGAUGCGAGUGAAGCCCUCUUCCCCGAGAACUUCAGAAAGCUGAAGAAGUUCGUUUACCCUUACAUUGACAAGCUCUCCGAUAUCAGCAAAGGAAAGUACCCUUAUCCUGAUGGAUACGAUAUCAAGCAACCCCUCUCGCAGGCCGGAGGGGGUGAGGGAGGAAAUCCCGAUCUGUGGGAUGUUUACGCCACUGCUGCAGUCGACGUCAAGAAUACCGGGGCUUUGCCCGGCAAGGAAGUCGUGCAACUAUACGUGAGCUUCCCAGAUGUCCUAGGCGAAGCCAAAAACGUGGACUUCCCGGUGAACGUUUUGAGGGGAUUUGAAAAGCCAUAUCUAGACUCGGAUGAGACGCAGACUGUAAAGUUCAAUCUCACAAGGAGAGAUCUGAGUUAUUGGGAUGUGACGAGGCAGAAUUGGGUCAUGCCACAUGAAGGCUCUAUCACGAUUAAAGUGGGCGCAAGCUCCAGAGAUUUGAAACUUACGGGUUCGUAUUAG